AUGGCAUUGCACUGUACCUCGCUCUCGUCCGCGGUCCUGUUGCCCUGUAGCCUGUGGCUCUCUCUCUCUCUCUCUGCCGGGUGUCCAAUGUCGUUGAACGGUGCAAGUCAGGCCAAGUGGACAUGGCCCGAUCACGCUGUCCGCACUUCUCAUUGCGGUGUGGGCCAAUGCCCGGUGUGCCGCGGGCCUGGCAGGGUCGCAAGGGAACAUGGUGAGACGGAGGGACGGUCUGCCCACAAGACGGACGGCGAAUUCGCUGGGCUUGCAAACGAACGGGAUUGCGACCGGUUGACGGCGGAGGCAGAGGACGGAUGGAUGCGAGACGCGAAAUGUAUCGGGGACGUAUGCCGCAGACACUGUGUCGAGACUGUACGAAGUAUGCGCAUCGUUUUGGCUUUCGGGCUACAGCCGGGCUGGGGCUGGGAGGGGGAACUUCAUUUGUGCGUUUGUGGAUUGGGCAGAACUAUUGGAAAUGCCAUGAUGGUCGCGUCGAGUGAAGCUUGGAGGAGAGCUUGA